AUGGCGGCCACAACCUCGCGAUCCCCAAUCCCGUCUAUGUAUCCCGAUUCCAAAAUCCAUAAUCGGAAGCCUCUCAAAGCCGCACAACUAUCCCAAGGACGCCUUAAAAUCCCUCUUCACGCCUGCUACAGCAAUACCAAUAGCAAAAAUAAUAAAAAGUUCAAGGCAAUUGACCUGCAGAAGCUCAUUCAAGACUCCCCCUGCGAAUUUGAUUCCAAAGAUUCUCCCGCUUCACUUCCGAGGCCUUUAACGUCUGCCCAAUUGUCUAAUUUGAGCUCGGGAGGGUCUCGCCUCCGCGUUGCUUAUCAGGGGGUUCGAGGUGCAUAUAGUGAGUCUGCAGCAGAAAAGGCAUACCCAAAUUGUGAACCAGUUCCAUGUGAACAGUUCGACACAGCUUUUGAGGCUGUUGAAAAGUGGCUCGUUGAUAGAGCAGUUUUACCAAUAGAAAAUUCUUUGGGCGGUAGCAUCCACCGGAACUAUGACCUACUACUUCGACACAGACCUAAAAGGGUUCUUAGCCAUCCUCAGGCUCUUGCACAGUGUGAGAGGACACUAACUGGAUUGGGACUGGUCAGAGAAGCUGUGGAUGAUACUGCUGGUGCAGCCAAGCAUGUUGCUUUACAUAAACUCAAGGAUGCUGGAGCAGUUGCUAGCAAGACUGCUGCUAGAAUAUAUGGUUUGAAUAUACUUGCUGAAGACAUACAGGAUGAUUCUGAUAAUGUCACCCGCUUCCUUAUGCUGGCUAGGGAACCUAUUAUACCAGGCACUGAUAAACCUUUCAAGACAAGUAUAGUCUUCUCACUUGAGGAGGGUCCAGGGAUGCUUUUCAAAGCACUUGCUGUUUUUGCCUUGAGGAAUGUUAACCUUACAAAGAUUGAAAGCCGUCCACUGCAGAAGCAGACUUUGCCAACACUUGAUGACAGUGCCAAUGGAUUUCCGAUAUAUUUCCCGUAUCUUUUCUAUGUUGAUUUUGAAGCAUCCAUGGCUGACCAAAGAGCCCAAAAUGCUCUUGGUCAUCUAAAGGAAUUCGCAACAUUCUUGAGGGUGCUAGGGAGUUAUCCCACGGACACUGGCCAGGCAUGA